CGGACAGCGUGCUGCCGCUCACGCUCAGGUGUUUGCUGAUCCCGCCUCUCCUGGGCUCUCUGUCCGGAGACAAGGACCUCAGAGCGAUGGUGGCCUCGCCAGGCGACGGGAACGGGACGUCCAGAGAGCUGCAGGGAGGUCAAGGAGAACCGGAGCAGAAACCCAAACCUCAGAGGGAAUGUGGGGUUUACUUCACAGGGCCCCCGGCAGUCUGCGGGACCUUCAGCUGGCUCUGCAGCUGAAGGUGGAGGAGCUCCGUCAGAGAGACGCGCUCAUCGACGAGCUGGAGCUGGAGCUGGACUGCAAGGACGACCUGAUCCGACAGCUGCAGGUGGAGCUGGACCGGUUCCGCGGCGCGGCGCAGCGCGCGGGAAAGGACUCAGACACUCAUCGAACAAAGAGACACGCCUUCUCUACUGAGGCCCCGCCCAUGGACCCCGCCCAGCUGGCCACCGUCAGCAUCACCGGCUACAGAAAGAGCAAAGAGUCCAGAGAUCUGAUCCAGAACGCUCUGCUGGACAACGACUUCAUGAAGCACCUGGAUCAGGAGCAGAUCGCCUCCAUGGUGGACCGCAUGUACCCCACCAGCCUGGAGAAGGGCAGCGGCGUGAUCCGGGAGGGCGAGGCGGGAUCAACGCUCUACGUCCUGGAGGACGGGACGGUGGAAGUGACCAAGCAGGGAAAGAAACGGAGCGACUUCAGCGCCGGGAAGGUGUUUGGAGAGCUGGCCGUCCUGCACCGCUGCACCUGCACAGCCGCCGUCACAGCUCUGACCGACAUCCGGCUUUGGGCGCUGGACCGUCAGGACUUCCAGACCGUCACGAUGAGGGCCGGCCUCCUCAAACGCUCCCGCCACACGGACCUCCUGCGCAGCGUUCCCUGGUUUCAGCCGCUGCCCGAAGGCGUCCUCUGCAGGCUGGCUGACGCUCUGGAGGAGACCGUCUACAGUGAUGGAGAGAUCAUCGUCCGUCAGGGAGCACCUGGAGACACCUUCUUCCUCAUCAGUGAAGGGCAGGUGAAGGCGUCCCAGCAGUCCUCAGCUGAUGGCGAGCCGCUGAUGGAGUGGACUCUUUCUGGAGGGGAGUGGUUUGGAGAGCGGUGUAAACCUUUAAACACAUUUUUAUUUUUAGAGAUUUUUAUAGAACUUUCUCCCCUUUUGCUGUUUUUUUCUCGUUCUUUGAAACUUUCCUCGCCAACGUUUUGCUCCUCCCCCUGCAGGGAAGACGUCCGCGCCGCCACCGUAACAGCCGUGGGAGGGGCCACGUGUCUGGUCAUCGACAGGGAGACUUUCAAACGGCUGGUUGGAGAACCGGACGGAAAACCGGACGGAGAACCGGACGGAAAACCGGAUGGAGAACUGGACCGAGAACCGGACGAAGAACCGGGCCGAGAACCGGGCCGAGAACCGGACGAAGAACCGGACGGAAAACCGGAUGGAGAACUGGACCGAGAACCGGACGGAGAACCGGACCGAGGACCGGACAGAGGUGAUGACGGCGCCGGCGUUGAGUCCAGAACCGGGUCGGACUUCUUCUCCGGUUUGUCCCUCAGCCGGUUCCGGAUCAUGUCCACUCUGGGUCAGGGAGGCUUCGGUCCCGUGGAGCUGGUCCAGUUGGAGGACGAUCCCACUCGCUCUUUCGCCUUGAAGGUCCAGAAGAAGACCGGGAUCCUGCAGACGGGCCAGCAGAACCAGGUCCGGUCCGAACGGCGCAUCCUGACGGAGGCUCACAACCCGUUCAUCGUCAGGUUGUACGGGACCUUCAGAGACUCCAGGUGUGUGUACCUGCUGCUGGAGGCCUGCGUGGGGGGCGACCUGUGGUCUCUGCUGCAGGACAGGGGGGCUCUUGAUGACGGCGCCGCUCGCUUCUAUGCUGGCUGUGUGACUGAAGCUCUGGUCUACCUCCACCUCAGAGGAUUCGUCUACAGGAACCUCAAACCGGAGAACCUCCUGCUGGACCUCAGAGGAUACGUGAAGCUGGUGGACUUUCGCUUCGCCAAGAAGGUGGACGUGGGGAAGAAGACGUGGACGUUCUGCGGGACGCCGGAGUACGUGGCUCCUGAGAUCCUCCUGAACAGAGGCCACGACGGCUCGGUGGACUGCUGGGCGCUGGGCAUCCUGCUGUUCGAGCUGCUGUGUGGAAGCCCUCCUUUUUCAGGUUCUGAUCCGUUGGAGAUCUACAGCGUCAUCCUGAGAGGGAUCGACAUGAUCCAGUUUCCCAGGAAGGUCACCAAGAGCGCCACCAACCUCAUCAAAGGACUCUGCAGGGAGCGCCCCUCAGAACGGGUCGGGAACCAGAAGAACAGGUUGAGGGACGUCCAGAAGCACAAGUGGUUUGACGGCUUCAACUGGGACGGCCUGCGGCAGAGGAGCAUCAGAGCGCCGUUUGAACCCGCGGUGGGCCGGACGCUGGAGCACAGCAGCUAUGACAGCUUUACAGAAGACACGGACGAGCCCCCGCCGGACGACGGGUCUGGAUGGGACGCAGAGUUCUGAUGACAUAAUCCCUGCAGAUUCCAGAUUACCUGCUGUAAUCUGAGUAUCAGAUGAUGUACAUAAAACUGUUGAAAUGAAAUAUUUUAUAUCAAAUCCAGAACGUUUUACUGGAAAAGUUUGGAGUUCUAAGAUAACAACUGCAAAACAUGCAAAAAAGUUCAUUGUAAAAUGUAUUUUUUGUUUUUUAUUAAAUCUGGAUGACGACUAAACGCGUGACGGUUCAUCCCUCCAUCGACAGACCGGACGGUUUAGUUACCUGAGGAUUACCUGUAAUCUGGAUUACCAGCAGACAGUUUCUGUCAUGAGGUUAGAUGAUUCCUGGAGACCUCUAGAGGAAACCAACUGUUUGUCUGGGAUGUUUUGGUGUCAUUUGUUGAUGGUCUCCACCGGUCUGUGGGCGGAGCUUAUUGGAUGAAGAACUCUGAUUGGAUGCAGACAUGCUGAGUGAUGUUCAGGUUUAUCAGUUUGUGGUUUUUUAGUUAUAAUUUUAACUUGUAAUUGUAAACGCACAAUAUAUAAAACCAAACAAACAUUUGAUUUCUGUUUUUUGUUCUUAAAUACAAUAGAGUUCCAUAAUAUUGUAGAUAAAUGAUAUAAAAUGUAAUAAUUUGUGACUUUCAGAAUAAAAGCCUUAAUGUUGUUCUGGAUCUUUUCUAUCAGGAAAAUCUGAAACUAUCAUCAAAGGGCUGAAAAUCUCCAACAAAAACUGGGUGCAUUUAAAAUAAUACUUCUAUGUGAAUAACAUUUGUAAGUAUGAAAACUAAAUUCUGAUUUUUUGUUUUUGGUUUGUAAAAAGGGAGAAUAAGUGUCGUUCACCAGAGCUGGAAACCAAAGCAGAAAGUUUGGGAUUUGAAAGAGUUUGACUGUUUUUAGAUUCUUCUGUUUGUGUCGAUACUGAAUUUAUUAUAAAGAUAAUCAUUAGUCUUGAAGUGGUUUUAUUUUUCUUUUGGUGGAAAAUAAAAACAUUCUGUCAGAAAGAUUGGAUUCUAAUCCCUGAAGGUUCGUUUUCUUUUUAGUUGAGUUGAAACGUUUUGGUGAAAGUUCUCCUUAAAGUUAUUUGAUGUUUUUUCUUUAUCUGUCUCCAUCAUUUCAAUUGGAACCUCCACGUGAUGACAGUAAAUAACAGACACUAAGCUGCUCAUUGUUGUUCAUAAAUAAACUUGACAUGUUUUCUGUUUCGUUUGUGU